GACAUAUAGCACUCCUCCAAAGUCCAAAAACAGCAAUGUUGUCGUCCUUCAACAAGAAUCUAUUGGUCGCUGGGUUCACCUUGGCAUUGCUCAUCGCCGCGUCGCAUCGCGCGACAGCACUUGAGGAGAGGACGGGGAUCAUGUGCACGUCUGACCAGAUGUGCAAGUCCAUCUGCCUGCAGAGGGGCUACACCGGCGGCUACUGCUCCAGGAAGCACGUCGUGGGCGACCCCUCGUGCGUGUGCACCAAGCCAAGCCCUGCACAAUCGAUAACGGCAGCUCCGGCGGAGAAGCAGCUGGCUGGCAACGGAGAUGCCGGCGGGAUGGGAAUGGCCAACUGAUCAAACGCCCCGCCGGAUUUUCGCUAUGUAUGUAGGAGGCAUAUCGAGCAUUGAAAAUUAGGACUUAUGAUCCACCGAUCAGCUCAUAUGUCUAGCCAAUCAUAUCCGAAUAAAUUCGACCAUUUUAAUUUUUCUAAAUACAUACUCCCUUGUCCCAAAA